CGUAGGGCUUCAUACAUUCCACUUUGGGAUAUAGUGGAUCCUGCGCGCUUACACAUGGGGACAUGAAGUAGUAAUGCACCGGAUCGUGCAUCUUAUUUGAACUAUCAUAAAUACCCUCAAUCCAUCCCUUCCUCCCACUCUUCAUACAUCCGAAUUCCUAUCACACUUCUCUCAAAAUGCCCCUCCUACUCCGCAAAGCCACCGCUUCAGACGCAUCAGCCCUAGCACAAAUCUACCUCUCAGCCUUCUCCGUCGACGCCAUCUCCCUCCUCGUCUUCCCCCGCAACAAAUCAUCCUUCGAUUUCUGGCACGACUCCAUCCUCGAAGAACUCGACGACCCGCACGCUCAUCUCCUCUGCGUCUACGACUCGUCGUCUCCCGACCAAAAAAUCGUCGCCCUCGCAAAAUGGAACGGUCCAGACGCACUGAUCCAGACGGAUCUACCGGAAUGGCCCGAAGGAGCAGAUCAGAAGAUUGCCAAUCAUUUCUUUGGGAAUUUGUUUGGGAGACAUGAGACGAUUAUGAGGGGGAGGAAGCAUUGGUAUCUUGAGCUGCUAGCUACGUUGCCUGAGUAUCAGGGUAAGGGAGCUGCGGGGCAGUUGUUGAGGUGGGGUAUUGAGAAAAGUGAUGAGGAUGGGACGGAGACGUAUUUAGAGGCUAGUCCGGAUGGAUUGCCGAUUUAUCAGCAUUUUGGUUUUGAGGAGGAGGAUAGGUUGGUGGUCGAGUUGGAUGGUAAGGGUGAGGGGCCUUUGAGUGAGAAGGAGUUUAUAGAGGUCUUUAUGGUGAGGCCGGCUAAGGUGAAGAAAGCAUGAGAUGGGGGUUUGUCCAUGUAUGAGUUAGGAGAUCCUCACUUUUGACAUAGACUUUGUUUUGGAAGUGGACUAAGACAAGUUCUCAAUCACAUAUCUAGCAAACAUCUAACAACCACAAUUACCUUGGCCACCAUCGGGAAAGCAAUUAGAGUCUAGAUAUCAUCUGAAAGUUUUUGGUCGCUCAUAAGGCAAUCGCAG